CUUUGAUAUAGGCACGGCAAUUAUUGGGGGAGUCACAAUGACCUGGUUAUUUCAAACAGCCAUCACUCUAUAUUCGCAAAUUCCGGCCACUGCGGUCGUCGAGAUUCCGAAGACAGUCAACGGGGAGCUAACGACUUUCACCUUCACAACAACAUAUCGACAGAUUACAACUAAUUUAGAGUUGCCGACAAGUAUUGGGGACCAGACUACUAGUGCGAUUGGUAUUUCACCGCCACCCACGUUUAGCUCUGAACCGGCCACACCAGCUAGUCGUGCCUGGAUCGCUGGGACUGUUGUAGGCGCUUGCUCUGGAGUGUUUGUUAUCAUAAUGAGUGCGUUUUUAUUAUGGCGUCGCAGGCAAAGAAGAGUUAAAGCGCAAUCCAAAAUAGAGUUGCAUGGGAACUCAGCAGUGAAGAUAGAGUUGGACGCCCCUAGUCACCCACAAGAGCUUGAUGUAACCGGCUCGGAGGCGACGUAUAGUGGAAUAGAUCGUCCCAGCGAACCACAGGAGCUACCUGCAAACGGAUGACGUACGAAGCAAGCAUCUUUCAACGAAGACAG